GCCAGACCCGAGCUGUUCCAUCGGCGGAGUAAAGAUGGCUGACCAAGGCGCCGCAGAUCCUGGAAAUAACAACAAUAAUAAACCUGAGUCAUCGGAGGGAACUAUUAUAAAAGUCACAGUAAAAACCCCAAAAGACAAAGAAGAAAUCGCUAUCGCAGAAGAUGCUUCUGUCACUCAGUUUAAAGAAGAGAUCUCAAGGCGGUUCAAAGCCAAACAGGACCAAUUGGUUCUGAUUUUUGCAGGGAAGAUCUUGAAGGAUGGGGACAGCCUCGGCCAACACGGCAUCAAGGACGGCCUGACAGUUCACCUAGUCAUAAAGACAGCACACAAGGCAGGGGAUGGCGGCAGCACCUCAGCAUCCAGCUCAACCUCCACUCAAGCAGGCAAUACCUCCACCACGAGUCCAGGUACCAACGCCUCCUCCACAACAGGCACGACUGGCACUGCCCCCCCUCCCACACAGACGCCAAACAUCCUGACUGGAUUCGGUGACCUGUCUGGCCUCGCUGGAAUGGGCAUGGGCUCAGCUAACUUCAUGGAGCUGCAGCAGCAAAUGCAGAGACAGCUUAUGUCCAACCCAGAGAUGCUUUCUCAAAUCAUGGAGAACCCGCUGGUGCAGAACAUGAUGUCCAACCCAGACCUGAUGAGACAGAUGAUCAUGGCAAACCCUCAGAUGCAACAGCUGAUGGAACGCAACCCCGAGAUCUCCCACAUGCUUAACAACCCUGAGCUCAUGAGACAGACUAUGGAGCUGGCCAGGAACCCGGCCAUGAUGCAGGAAAUGAUGCGGAACCAGGACAGAGCCCUGAGCAACUUGGAGAGCAUCCCAGGAGGUUACAAUGCUUUACGGAGGAUGUACACAGACAUCCAAGAACCCAUGUUUAGCGCUGCCAGGGAACAGUUUGGUAGCAACCCAUUCUCAGCUCUAGGUGGGAACUCUGAGUCUGGUGUUCAGCCAUCGCGGACAGAGAAUCGGGAGCCCCUUCCUAAUCCAUGGGGGCCGGCAAAUUCUUCUAACUCCACUGAGAGCGGAGGAGGCACCACAGGAAGUACUAGCACCCCUGGGGGCACAACCCCCAGUGUGUCCAACCCUCUGGGCAUCAAUCCUGGCAGUCUGGGUAAUGGGAUGUUCAACAGCCCGGGCAUGCAGAGUCUACUGCAGCAGAUCUCAGAAAACCCUCAGCUAAUGCAGAACAUGCUGUCUGCUCCUUACAUGCGCAGUAUGAUGCAGUCACUGUCUCAGAACCCAGAGUUGGCCUCCCAGGUUUUAAUGAAUAACCCUUUGUUUGCUGGAAACCCACAGCUGCAGGAUCAAUUCCGAGCUCAGUUACCCGUCUUUCUGCAGCAGAUGCAGAACCCAGAAGCCCUGUCAGUGAUGACCAAUCCCCGAGCCAUGCAGGCCUUAAUGCAGAUCCAACAGGGUCUACAGACGCUGCAGACAGAAGCACCAGGCCUCAUGCCCAGUUUGAUGCCAGGCGGAGUUCCUGGCAUGCCCACUGGUGGGAUUCCCGGCAUGCCCACUGGGGGAAUUCCUGGAAUGCCCACAGGUGGAGUUCCCGGCAUGCCCACCGGUGGAGUUCCGGGCAUGCCCACAGGAGGGGGUCUGCCCACCGAGAACCCGGCUUCUUCACCUAGCAGUGCAGGAACGAACACCGCCCAGCAGCAGCUGAUGCAACAGAUGCUCCAGAUGUUUGCUGGAGGAGCUACCGAUGGAAGUGCAAUGACCCAGACCCCCGAGGUGCGGUUCCAGUCCCAGCUAGACCAGCUGAGCGCCAUGGGCUUCAUCAACCGUGAGGCCAACCUGCAGGCCCUCAUUGCUACCGGAGGAGACAUCAACGCCGCCAUUGAGAGACUGCUUGGCUCACAGCCCUCGUAAAGACAUACAGUACAUCUUGACACACAGACACGUGCAUACAUAACCUGACUCAUCAACACACCCAGCAUCUACAGAAAAAUGAGAGAAAUUAAAGUGUAUCGUCCCAAACUUUGCAGAAGAAACUUGGGCAAAUUCUCGUUCUACAUCUGAUUCAGAUCAUUCCCCAGGCCCCAAACUUCACCUUUUUUUGCAUCAUCAAACCAGAUCUCUGACCCAGAGUGAUGUUGUUGAGCCGAACUGAAGCACUCUCACCUCGAGGGUGUUCUGAUGCUGAGAAAAGAAGCGAAAACCUCUCCUGAAAAGGGAUUCCCAGCCAUUUCUUCAGUCAUUGUUUUUUUUUUCUUCCCCACUUUAAACUGGUGUCUAGUGUUGCAGACAGACAUUGACAUUAACAGAAAUUGAAUCGAUUUGAUGUGAUUGGCUGUCGGCUCUGUUUCAUACAUGACAGUUUGUUAGCAUUUAACAGUAGCAAUUCAAUACAUGGAAGUUUUCUGGUAUACACACAGUAAACCUCGACAAGAGCAGGAAGGUAUCUGUCUGUACAGAUGUUCAAUCUCAUUCCUCCUUUUUUUUUUUUUUUUAAAUAGUUUUCAACAUUAUACAGACAUAGCUGGUUUUGUCCAACAACUUUUACUAUUUAUUGCAAUCUCUUAAGAAUCAACACCCGUGACUUUACCCUGAACUUGUAAUUUGUCAUUCCAAACAAAAGUGCCCACCUGCAGGUGCACAAUGUUUAUCCUUCUGAGGCACCACUGCUGUGCCUUCUGUCCUUCCCUGCCCUAUCAGAGCAUUGUCUCCAUUCAGUCGGUCAAUUAGUAGCCCAAAUAAAUUCUUCACAGCACCAUCAGGAACUGUAACCAUUGUCAAAUUUCACAUCCUAACGGCUCUGACAAAAAGGACGCUGUUAAAAUGAACAUAAACGAAUGAAACAAACAAGCUAUCCUUUCAUUUUAAUCUGAUUCUUCUUUUUAUUCUAUGUUCCUUGUUUUUGAGGUGCAGUUAGUACCUAGAAAUAAUUCUGAUUUGUCUCACAUCAAAUAAACGUUGAAAUCAAAGUAAAGAGGUAAAGAAUGGAACGGCUUUACAAACAAUUGUGUUGUGGUGGCGCCACACGUUUCUAAAAUCAAGUUAUAGGUUGUCUUUUUUUUCCCUUUUUUUUUAAAAAUGAAAAUCUCAGCAUUGUAGUUGUGGUAACCUUGGCAACUGCUUCAAUAGCUUUGCUUUGUCUGUUGACCUCAGCUGAAAGAAAAAAUCCAUCUCCCGAUUGAACUUGUUGGAACUAACUUUUAACAGUACUGUACUAAAAAAAUAAAAACAUGCUCAAAAAGA